UUGUUUCAACAUUCACAUAAAACUAGUUAAAUUGAGUUCAUGAAAAUAGCGUAGAAAGAAAAGUUUUUAUUUACAUUUUUCGGAAAAAUUAAGGAAAAGCAACAUGGAAACAGAUAAAACUUCUUACACAUUAAAUCAUGCCGGAGAUAAUAUUGAAGAUCCAAAUAAAACGGAAAGUUACGAACCUCUUGAUGAAGAUAUUGCUGCUGAAACCGACAAAAUGCUCUCAAAAGUCAUAAAGGACGAGAAAAAAUCAACCGAAGCGCUGCAAGAACCUGACGAGUUAACAGCGUUAGACGAGAAGAAAGAAGCCAUAGAUGAAAAAACUUUACCACCGAAUAUCUCUUUAAAAGACAGAUUCAUGCAAUUUUUUGAUAGAAGAAAGCCCACUCCGGAACCCAAUGAAACUCAAAAUGGAAAUGGAAUCAAUCAAAAUGCAACAGAAGUUGAUGGUGAAACCACAACAUCCAAUCCUCCCCCGAAGAAAAGAUUCCUUCCAAAAUUGCAGAAUCCUUUUGCUAAAAAGGCGAAUAAUGACACAUCGAUAGAGAAGGAAAAUGAAAAUGAAAAACAAGAAAAUGAAGCUUCGUGUAGUGAUGAUAAAAAAGCAGAAAAUGAGAACAUCAACGAUGAAAAGAAACCAGAAAAUAAAUUCAAACCGUCAAUUCAUUUACCCAAAUUCUCAGGGCUAUUAAAUAAAUUCCGAAGAAAUCCACGUUCUGAUGACAUCGAACUUGGUAAUGGACCAGCAGGAAAAGCUGGCUUAGCUUCAAUGGAAACUUUAGAUGAUUCAACGAAAGAUCCUUGGAAUCAAGAGAAUGGACCAGACGCUGUCGAUGCUGAUAAAGCUAAAGAAAAUGACGAUAAAGUCGCUGAAGGAAGUGAAGAGAAGAAAAUUCCCGUCAUUAGCAGUAUAAGAAACUAUAAAUGCUCAAUUGAUGACAUCGCUUUAAUUGGCGGCAUCAUUUUGUUUUUGAUUCUUGUCUUUCUCAUUAUUGCAUUUACUUUCUUGGGAAGUACAAAACACACACAAGUAGCUCCGAUUCGUGAUGGAAAAGUUUUAACAGUAACAAGUUGUGGAGUUGUUGAAGGACUUGUCGAAGACUCUGCUGUCGCUUUUCGUGGAAUUCCAUUUGCUAAGCCUCCAAUUGACAAUCUGAGAUUCGAACAUUCGCAAGUCAUUGAUGACAUAAAUUUCUGCUGGAAUGGAACAUUAGAAGCCCAUAAUCCGAAACCUGAAUGCAUGCAAAUGACAGAUGGAGAAAUAGUUGGUGAAGAAGAUUGCCUUACAUUAGACGUGAUAACACCUCAAGUUCGAUACAUAAAUCUCAUGCCUGUCAUUGUCUUAAUUGGUGCAAAUGACUUCAUGGGAGGCUCUCCAGGUAUUUUACGACCAUCUGCAAGAUACGCUCGCUAUCGUGAAGUUCUUUACGUUCGUCCACACUUCAGAAUGAAUGUUUUCGGCUUCCUGGCAUUAGAAGCAUUGUCAAAUAAUUCAAACAUUCCAUCAUCAGGAAAUUAUGCACUUUCAGACAUCAUUUCAGCUUUAGAAUGGAUUCAAAUUAAUAUCAAGAACUUUGGUGGUGAUCCGAACUCUGUCAUCUUGUUUGGACAUCGCACAGGAGCUACUUUGGUAACAGCAUUAACGUCGUCAAGCAAAGCGAGUAAAUUGUUCUCUCGUGCUUGGGUUUCAAGUCCCUCGUCACAUUAUCCGGGAAGACCUUUGGUAGAAACUGAACGGGAAAAUGCUGUCGAUUUUGACAGAAACUUCCCUGACUGUGAAGAUAAAGGUUGCUGGAAGAAAGUUGACGCAAAAACGUUAAUGGAAAAAUUGCCGGAAUCAUGGAAACGACCAGCGUCAUCGACACUUCCAGCAAUUGAUGAAGCUAAGCCACGAGAAUUCCUCGUCUUAGAUGGAAUCAUCUUGAAGAAGCAUCCUCAAGAUGUGUGGAAAAACGACUUGAAUUUGGCGUCAAAACUCGUUUUAGGAACGACAGCGCAUGUCAUGUAUGACAAAUCAAAUUUAAUUGCGAACUUAACAGUUGAAGAGCUACGACAAUACGUUGAAGCUAGUAAAAUAGGACAAUUGAACUUAACUGAUGAAGCUUUUCAACUUUAUGGUGAGACUGUGCAAGGAGUCAUUUCAAUGAUCUCCGAUAUUCGUGUAGUUUGUCCUCUGCUUGUCUUAGCGAGAUCCCAAAAGAAUCUCCCAUUUUAUAUUGUCAGUCAAACCCAAGGAGAAUUAAACAUUGCUGAUGUCGAUUCUGAUAUUCAAGCGAUCUUAGGCAGAUACACUUCGAGUUCACCGCAAAAGCAUCGCUUUGCUGAUGAAAUUCGAAAACUCUUCGACUAUUAUGUAAGUCAUGGAAAAGUCAUCAAUUAUUCUCCAACAAGCUUCGUUCUUAAUAUCGAACAAGAUGCAAUUCCACAAUCUGAUUAUCCCAAUUGCAACUUUUGGAUUAAGAACCAAAUGGUACCUCAUUUUGCUGCGGUAUUUUAAAUUAAUUAACUUAUGAUCUGUGUACGUAUUAAGCAACACAACAUCACAGUAUUGACUUAAAGAUAAAAUAUUUAUUUUUCCAAUUUGUGUUACGUGUGAUUUUGAUUUUUAAAAAAUGACAACAAGUGAAAAAGAAAAUAAUUUACUUACAAUAUGUAAUUUUAUAAUUGAUAUGUAUGAAUCUUAAAGACUCGAAGGGUUUCGGUUUUAUAUUAAAGGGAUGUGCGCUGUCACUCACAAGCAAGAAAAUUGCGUAGAACCACGAAAGAUAUUAUCAAAAAGCAUUUAGAACUAAGAUGAAAAUUACCACCAAAUCACAUUUUAAACAUAAUUAGUGUUAACUGAAUAACUGAAACAUUAAUCCCUAAGGACAAACAAAUCUCACGAAACAAAUUUCCCACUCGCUUUAUAUCUCAUAAGAUAAGAAAUUAUGCUAGAUCUACUGACCUAGUUUAGAGCACAGCGAAAAGGAGGCAACUUACGCAUAUUUACCAAUUUAUAUCCAAUGACACUCAAUCACAAUUAAUCUUAAACAUACAAUUAAGCAUUUGGCAUAGCACAUCCCAAAAUCUUUCGCUUUACAUUCCUUAUGCUUUCAAAAAAAAAACCUUAGACUUUAAUUAAUAACUUUUAAGUUUCAUUUAUUCAUUCAUAAGUUACAACAAAUUCUGUCUAUCCAAAAAGGAAAAUCAAAUGAAGCUCUCUUAAUCAUCAUAAAUAUUCUACAAACUUCCUUUAAAUAAUAAAAUUAAUAACAUUUAACUACUAAGCAACUAACUACAUAACUACAUAAAAAGAUUUCAUAUCCAAAAUUUGAUGCUCAACUUUUUCUCAAUCUGAGAAUUGAAAUUUUUAACUUCAUUAAUUUUUAGCUUUGUAUUUCUCAACAUUUAAUAUUUUUUCAUUUCUCAAUAAAAGGCAAUGCUUUAAUUGUUAA